AUGAAUGGACGUCCGUUCGCCAUCUCCUCCAUCCCCGGUAAUACCUUAUCGGCAUUAGUUCUCGAAGAACGUGCGCUCCGUGCUCGCAAGAACAACAUCGCCUCAUUCGGUUACUCGUGGAUCAAGCCUGCAGGAUGCACUAAGACUAUGCUGGGCAUGAAAGAGGAAGAGGCGGAGAGGGAGGAAGCACUAGCUGCGGCAACUGCAGAGAUGGCGGCGGCCGCUGCAGUAGCUGAAGCAGGAGCUGCUGGGAUAGAUGGGCUCAAUCCACAGCAUGGUGAUGAACAGGAUGACACGGGAAUUGAGAGAGACUUGGACGAUGACAUUCCUGACGCAGAUGCAGAGGGUCUCGUCGAGGAAGGAGAGGAGGGUCUGGAUGAGGAUGAUGUUGUUGACGAGGAGGGGUACAUGGAGCGGGAUCUGGACGAUGAUAUCCCUGAAGCGUUCCCUGAUGACAAUGACGACGAUCAAAUCGAUGAUGAUUUUGAUAACCAGCCAGACCUGGAUGAUGACAUUCCCAGCGCCGAAGACAUAAGUGAGGAAGAAAUGGGCCGCGAUUUGGACGAUGAUAUCCCCGAGGCUGCAGAGAACCAGUCCGAACAAGAAGAUGAAUGGCAACAUACCGAUACAGAUGCCGAGUUAGAUGACGAGGAUGAGGCCAGUUUCUCACAUGAUCCAUUUACGCAAAACCUCCGAGCCAGUACAGCCAGCAGUCGUGGUCUACCUCCAACACCUGUUCACGCUCAGGAGACAGAGGCCCAACGCCGGUUCCUCCAGCGUUGGAGUGGCGGCGGCGAUGUCAUCGACACAAGCGGCAUGAUGAUCGAUGAAGAUGAUCUACGUGCAUCUGUUACUAGUCAAGGUAGUCGGCGAAGCUUUUUCAGUAGAUUCCCCAGACGACGAGCUGGGGGACCUAGGGAUAGUUUUGACUAG